GUUCCCCUCAUAAAGGGUUUCCCCUCCUCUCUCUUUCUCUCACUCUUUCACUAUCUCUCCUUCUCCCUCUUUCUCGCUAGGGUUUCCUUGUCGUCAGCAAUUUCUGCUCCUCUUGAAGCACUUGUCGCUCUAUUUCGUAUUGCUAAUCCUCCAUUGUGAUUCUUCCUUAUCUCUUUCGCUUCAAUUUCGAUUUUUUUUUACUGCUUAAUAAUGAACGGAAAGGUUUUCUUCAAAAAUCUCUCUUUUGUUGAGGUGUUUGUUCGUGCAUUUCCUUUGAUCUCUGGGAAUUAAACGGGAUUUAUGUUGCUUGGGUGGAAUUUUGAUUCGAUUUGGAUAUCUUUUCGAUCUAUAAAUUCAAAUUUUUUGGUGAAUUCUGUUGAUCUUCUCUUGGUUGUGUGGAUGGAAAUCUGAAUUUGAGGGUUAGUAUAAGAGAAUUUGCAGACUUUUGAACCAAAAACCGAGGAGUAGGGUUUGUUUUCGCAUGUGAGUGAGAAUGCCUGCGACGGAUUACCAGGGUUCAUCAGCGCCUUUCGCCUCGAUAGGUCGUUCGAUAUUGAGCAUUAGGCGUGAUCAAGUUCAUUCCAUGGAAGGGAACCAGGAUCCUACCAGCCAGGAAUUGGAGCUCGAGGCGUUCCAGAAACAGGUUACAGAUCGAUUCAAUGAUCUUCACGCUGUUCCUGGUGAAGAUCUGCUCUCCCUCUCUUGGAUUCGUCGUCUUCUGGAUGCAUUCCUCAGCUGCCAAGAGGAUUUCAGGGUUAUCUUGUUCAAUAACAAGGCCCUCGUCUCGAAACCUCCCCUGGAUCGCAUGAUCAACGAAUUUUUUGAGAGAAGCGUCAAGGCGCUUGAUGUUUGCAACGCUAUACGCGAUGGAAUCGAGCAGGUCCGACAAUGGCAGAAACACCUGGAGAUCGUUCUCUGCGCCUUGGACUCUCGCCAGAGGACUCUCGGAGAGGGCCAGUUUCGCCGGGCUAAGAAGGCUUUGACGGAUUUCGCAAUCGCCAUUCUCGAUGACAAGGAUUCUAGUUCUGUCCUUGCCCACAGGAACCGUUCGUUUGGGAGAAACAACACAAGCAACAAGGACCAUCGUGCAUCAGGGCAUUUCCGCUCCCUUUCAUGGAGUGUCUCUCGCACAUGGUCCGCCGCUAGGCAGCUUCAGGCGAUUAGUAACAACUUGGCCCCUCCUCGUGGCAAUGAGAUUGUCGCCACUGGUGGGCUUGCAGUCCCCGUCUACACCAUGAACUCGGUUCUUCUGUUUGUGAUGUGGGCUCUCGUCGCUGCAAUUCCUUGCAAGGACCGUGGUCUGCAAACCCAUUUCGCCAUCCCUCGCCAAUUCCCAUGGUCAAACUCAAUUCUGUCACUCCAUGAACGUAUUUUGGAGGAAUCCAAGAAACGAGACCGAAAGAAUGCGAGUGGAUUGAUGAGGGAAAUAUAUCAGAUCGAGAAAUCUGUGCGUCACUUGACUGAGAUGGCUGAUGCAGUUCAGUUGCCGUUGACGGAGGAGCGGGAGAAGGAGGUGAGGCAGGGAGUCUCGGAAUUGUCACUGAUCUUGGAUUCGGUGAAGGAGGGAUUGGAUCCUCUGGAGCGCCAGGUAAGGGAGGUGUUCCAUAAAAUCGUGCGUAGCCGAACUGAGGGUCUUGACUGCUUGGGUAGGUCAAACAAUCCUGAAUGAUCUCAACUCUGAAACUUGGUCCAUCUCUAGUGGGCAUCAAAAUUGUACAAUUUUGCAAUAUACUACUACAAGAAAUUUGGGUUUUCUGGCAAUGAAGUGGAGAGAGGAGGAGCAGAAGAAUGAUUUUAGAUGUCCGCAGUGAAUAAAAGUUUUUUCCUUGAUAUAUAUUUUGCUUUUGUUAAAGCGGGUAAGGGUAGUGUCCUUGACUUCUUGUAUCUAUCAACAAAAUACAUUCUGUAAAGAAAAUAGGAUUUAGAUUGGAUCUUCCUGAUCCAAUCAAUGGUGCUGUUUAUUCAGCUUCUCUUUAUUGUAUAAUUUUCUUAAAUUUUCUGCAGUAAGUUUGAUCUUCAUAUCUAAA